GAGCUAAGCUCAACGAAAAAUUAAUCAGGCACAAAACCAGCAACAGAAAAAUUUAGCACAUUUUCUUCUGGAACAAUCACUUUCACAAUGUCUAAAGCCUGGCAAGAUUUCUUGACAAGUGAAGGAUUUGAACGUAUCGAGAGUGCAACGAAGCUGUCAGAUGAGGACUCAAACGACGAUCCAGACGAUGAUCCAUACAGGUCAAAGUACAAAUCAAGAGAAAUAUAUCUUGAACUGCAGGAAAAGUUGAAACAUUUGUUUGAAGGCGAUGAAGAAAACAAGGACUACCGCAUUAUAAAUGCUGUUUUGAAUUUAAAGCUAGCAAUUAACUAUAUAGACACAGAAGAGCUUUCAACUGGAGAAGAAAAGAUAUUGAAAUGCGUUGAUGACCUAGAAAAAUUCAAACUGGAAAAUAAUGUAGUUAAUGUAUACCAACAUCUACUAAACAAUUUGGGUAUACUAUGGUCAGCAAGACGUGAUUAUGAUAAAGCAUUAAAAUUUUUAAAGGAUGCUGAACAGCAGUAUUUGCGUUUUAAAGAAGAAUGUGGAUCAGCACCAAAGUCACUUCAAGAAUACUUAGAAAAACCUUGGGACGAAGACAAAAUGGAGCACAAGAGAAAUCUUGAAUUUGAAAAAACAUACACGCUAACUCUAUAUUAUAUGGCUCAGGUAUAUGCUAAAUUAAAUGAAAAAGAGCUUUCAGCUGAGUAUUGUCAAAUUACACUAGAACGGCAGUUAGAAUGGAAUACUUAUGAACCAAUGGAAUGGGCACUUUGUGCAGCAACCUUAUCCCAAUACUUCAUAUCAACAGAUGAUUAUACAUUGGCACGUCAUUGUUUGGCAUGUGCUGAAUUUAUAUACCAAGAAGCCAUAGACAAGGACACCCCAGAUUCUUCUGAAGAGGCAAAAGAAAAGCUUAAACAAGGGAAAGCUGACAUAGAAAGGUGUUGGAUAAAGUAUGGACUAGCUUUAAUAGAGUCAUCUAAAAAUAGUUUGAUGUACGAAGAUGGAGCACCAUCUUUUAAAACAUCUCAUGAAAAAUUUAGGAAGUUUAACCUUGAAGUAACCUCAAGGGAAGAACAAGUAACUGACCAAAUGGUGAAAGAUUUUACCGAGGCUAGAAAUGUAUUCUUAAAAAUUCAGCAAUGGAUAAAUUCGGCCAAAGACUUUUAUGCUUUAGAUGGCAGAUGUACUGACUUUGUUGAAAUUUCUCAAGAUCAUAGUACAGCUUAUAAAUACUUAGCAUUCUUUGAAAUGGACAUGGAAAGACAAUGUAAAAUGCAUAAAAGAAGAGCAGACAUUAUUUCUGCAUUGAUAAAUGAGUUGAAUCCUCAACAUUAUCUUCUUGCUGUAAGGCAGUUAAUGUUUGAAGUUGCUGAGAUUUUUAGUCAGAUGUUGGACUUAAAAGUGGCAAUACUACAAGAUGAAGAAGUGCGACCGACACCUCAUGCAUUGAAGAAAAUAAACCUUCUGGCCCAGCAAAGCAUUGCAAAAUAUGAUGCUUAUUUAGACACUUUAAAACCAUUAGGGAAAUCCGAAUUUCCUGAAGAAUUUUCAUCGGAUGAUGUGCGACCAGCAUUAGUGGCUUCGUUUUCUAAAGGAAGACUACAUUCGAAAUUUGUGACACCUGAUGUAAAGCAAAGAAUAGCAAACAUUCAGAAAAGUAUAAAUUGUUAUAAAUUUGUUGUUGACUAUUGUGACAAACAUCCAUCUGUUGAAGCUCUUGUCCCUGAAGAGUUAAACAUUUGCCGAGAAAUGGUUGCGUUGCUUCCUCUUAAAAUGGAGAAAAUUAGACAAGGUGCUGAAAUAUAGACAAAUGAAUUUCUUUUAUUAAGUGCAUUUGUAUCUUAUUCAUACACUAAAAUAAAAAAAAAUGAAAAUUGUA